CUCUCCGGCCCCGAGGCGCUAUGCCGCCCCGCCGGGAGAUACGCGGGCGGUUCCUGCGUGCCAGCCACGUACCAGCCCGCAGCACCAGCACUGAGAACGAGCACCGAGCCGCUCCCCCAGCGGGAUGCGGGAGAUGGUGCUGCCCGGCGGUGGCAGCGCGACGAGGCGGGGGGCGGCGUGGGCGCAGGUGAGCUCUCGCCGUGCUUUCUCCCCCCCGCCCCGCGUCCCGUACUGCGUCUGUUUCCGGCGUGCUCACAUCCCCGCUCUGCCGGCGGGCGCCGCGCUGGUAACAAGCCGGGGCUGCGCUGCUGCAACCUCGCGGCCUUUCCGCUCUUUGGCCCUCUGUCUGCAGUGCAGCAGGCCUGCCCGGCGAGCCCCGGCUCUCGUGGUAUCUGUACAAGGAAGGCAGUGAAUGGGCUGAUUCUAGUGCUGACGAUUUGCAAUAAACAGAGGUACCUCAGCUUGCGUUAACAAUGGAGGCAGCCAUGCAAACUAUAUGGUAAUUAAAAAUAAACAAAAACCAUUCCUCGCAGUACAAGGCACUUCCAAUAUUAUUCAAUGCCUCACAUCUCAGAAGAUGAAAAGGAGAAUGGUUCUGGAAACAAUGGAAACACUGAAAAGAAACCUGGGAAAGAAUCCUCAGAAGCUUCUCUUCGUGAUCCUAUAAAGUCGUACUGCAUCUCAGAUGCCUCCACUGUGUCUUUGGUGUCCAGGGGAGAUGGACAUUACCCAUGGGGUUGUCCUGUGACUCAUACACGAGAGAAAUUUUAUACCAUUUGUUCAGACUAUGCUUUUUUAAACAGAGUAACAUCUAUUUGUAAAAGCCCAAGUGCUUCAGUUAGUGGCUGCCUGUCAGGCAGUGCUGCCUUAAAUGUUGGAAAUAACACACCUAGUUUACUGGGCAUUCAAGCUGGUGCUUCAGAAAUAAUCUACGGUGAAGAUGCUAACUUGGAAACCUUGUCUGGCAGCCUUGGAAAGCUUCCGCUGGCGUGGGAAAUUGACAAAUCAGAAUUCAACAGUGUGACUGCGAAUCAUAAAAACAAAGCAGGGAACAUGAAGAAACAAGUGGCAAAGAAAAAGUCCUCAGACAAAAAAAGCAAACAGCACAAGGAGUGUCCUCAGCUCUCUGCUCUCGAAGAUGUGAAGGAGAGGAAAGUGUUGGACCUCCGACGAUGGUAUUGUAUUAGCCGACCUCAGUACAAGACUUCUUGUGGAAUUUCUUCAUUAGUGUCUUGCUGGAAUUUCUUGUAUAGUACUCUGGGAGCUGGCAGUUUACCACCUAUUACUCAAGAAGAAGCUUUGCAUAUAUUAGGUUUUCAACCCCCAUUUGAGGAGAUUAGAUUUGGUCCUUUCACUGGAAAUACAACUUUAAUGAGAUGGUUUAGGCAAAUAAACGAUCACUUCCAUAUCAAGGGGUGCUCAUAUGUUCUGUAUAAACCUCACGGAAAGAACAAGACAGCUGGAGAAACUGCUGUGGGGGCCCUUGCAAAGCUAACACGUGGACUGAAAGAUGAAUCAAUGGCUUACAUCUACCAUUGCCAAAACCAUUAUUUUUGUCCAAUUGGAUUUGAAGCAACCCCAGUAAAAGCUAGUAAAGCAUAUAGGUUGCUGGAUUUGGACUCGGGGGUUCCCAGUUCAACCACAGACUUCCAUUGUGAUUUUAGAGGUCGUGUUUUGCAGCAAGAAGUAGAAUAUUGGAUCUUAAUUGGAGAGCCGAGCAGAAAACAUCCAACGAUACACUGUAAAAGGUGGGCAGAUAUUGUCACUGACCUAAACACCCAAAAUCCAGAGUAUCUAGAUAUUCGACACCUAGAGAGAGGCCUGCAGCAUCGGAAAACAAAGAAGGUUGGAGGAAAUCUUCAUUGUAUCAUCGCCUUUCAGAGACUUAACUGGCAAAGAUUUGGUCCUUGGAAUAUUCCAUUUGGAAGUGUCAGACAGGAUAAACAAUCCCAAACACAAGGACAAGGUAUUGCCAAAUCUGAGAGUGAAGACAAUAUCUCUAAAAAACAACAUGGACGACUGGGACGAUCUUUCAGUGCUGGUUUCCACCAAGAAUCUACGUGGAAAAAAUCAAGUCUUCGUGAGAGGAGGAACAGCGGGUAUCAGAGCUAUAAUGAUUAUGAUGGAGAUGAUUAGAAUUAACUUUAGGUAAUAGAAUUUAUAUAUCAAAGUUAGUUUUAAUCAACACAGAGUAGGGGUUUAUUAAUCCUAGGAUACAUAUGAAUAGAAAAUACGGCAUAAAUACAGCUUUGUAAUCCUUAAAUCAAUUAUGAGUUACAUGGUUGCAGUGGAUGACAUCUGAUACAUGAACUGACAGAUAAGCACAGAUUAUUGUACUUUUGUAAUCAAAAGCAGAUAUGACAAUUAAAUCAAUCACUUAUUUUGAAAUGACAAUACUAUAUCCUGAUCUGUGAGAAUAAAAGAGCAGAUUGAAGUUAGCCAAUGUAAUAAACAGAUUUCAUUGAAAAUACUUGAUAUUCAGAAGCAUGAAAAUGUAUUAUAUGACUUUAUAAAAAGGGUUAUACUGCAUAUGGUGUAAGGGUAAAAGUGAACAUUUGCCUUCCUUUUUAGCACUCCAUUUUGUUAAGGCUGCUGAUAUCCAGUGAGAAGAAAGAAAUUGCAUAAGUUAGAAAAUCUUGUCAGAUUAACAAAAUGAAUGUAUAUUCUCAAUCUCGUUGUCAGUAGAAUUCUGUGAGUCAGAUAAUCCUGUUUUGUAGGUAGAUCCCAGUUACUUUUCCCAUAGUGAGAUACCUGUUUUAGGCUGAGAAGAAUUGGUGGUUACAAGGAAGGUAUGAAGAUGGACUUUUACUGCUCUGUUGAUACAGUAGCAGGUUUUCUAUCAUGUGAACUCUGGUGAGCAGUGACUGCAUAACACAGAGCCCUGAAAAUCAAUUUUAUCAAGCUGCAUUUAACCUGAGCCCAACGAUUUGGCUGAUCAGAGAGUUCUGCUGCCAAUUCUUUUCCUUGUUCAGUCUUAAAACUCCUGUUGUUUUUGUGCUGCUCUCUUAAUUCUGUAUAAAGGAGAUGCAAGUGCCGAGAACUGCUGGCAGCCCUUAUGAUAUACCUCUAUGCCAGCAAACGACCCAAGUCUUUUCAGGUGUCCCACGUGCGGUCUUUUGUUUCGUUUUGUUUGUUUUUCUUUCUCGUUUAUUCAGUUGUUUGUGCCCCAAAUGCAUCUCGGCGUUUGUAACUUUGUGUGCAAACCUGCUCCAGGCUGUUUUAUUUUUUACAUAAAAUGCAACGUUUUUUGUAGGUCGAUGCUAUUGUUAACCAAAAAUAAUAAUAAUAAUAAUAAUAAAUGGGAGGGAGACUUUCAGACUUCUGUUCAUUCAAUAAAAUUUGUUUUUUAUUU